CGCAGGGGAUGUUUUUAGCCAGCUUGGUGGCUAGCUCGCUAGCUUAGCCUAGCUGGCUAAGCUAAUGGUUAUUGGUGUGCCUUGUGCGAAGUGUGUUUGAAAAAUUAAAGCUCCCGCAGUUCCCCUUUCCCGUCCGUUUCUUUACUGAUUGAAAAAAAAGGAAAAGUGCGACUAUAACUAGGGUGUAGGUAAAUAAAAUCAAGUGCGGUAAUUCUAUCAACUGCAAAGCCAAGGCGUAAUGAGAUAUGCUCCUCCAGUUCAGUGUGAAUUUACCUAUGGAGUAGCUAGGUUGGUUGAUAAGCAAGAUGAAACUUUGUAGAGCAGAAUACAAAACAAUAGUAAAGUUCACUGAACAGCUUCGGCCUACUCGACAGUGUAUGAAGAUGCUGAAAGAUAAAUUUCCCAAUCACUCGCAGUCCACUCUUCUGAGCAUCUUCUCCCUGGAGUACCAGAAAAGAAUGAAAAGAAGUCUUGUGAAACACCACACCCCAGACGUCAUUGAAGACUACUACCAGAGGUACCGUGGUGAAGCCGCGAAACGUCCUGCAGACCCUGUCAUGCUGGAGUUAGCCAACGAGGUGGACCUGUCUCCAUCUCUCCUGGCUCGACUACUGCUGGAACGCUUCCUGGAGGAGCAGGAGGGUGCAGUGUCCUCCAAGCAAGUCUUAAACAGCAUGUUGCGGGAACCAUCUUUAAUCCCAGACCUGCAGUUAGCCAGACAUGUAGACCAGUGCACUAUAAAUGACUGCUGUUAUGGGCCGCUGGUAGACUGCAUCAAACAUGCUAUCGGCCAGGAGCACGAGGAGCUUCUCCGGGAGCGGCUUCGGGAGAGGAGGCUGUCUUUUUUAGAUGAGAAUCAGCUACGGGCCAAAGGUUAUGACAAGACCCCGGAUAUUAUUCUAGAGGUCCCUAUCGCUGUUGAAGGCCACAUCGUGCACUGGAUCGAGAGCAAAGCCUCGUUCGGGGAUGAGCACAGCCAUCGCACCUACCUCAACGAGCAGUUCUGGAGCUACUGGAACAGGUUUGGCCCGGGAAUGGUGAUCUACUGGUACGGCUUCCUAGCAGAACUGGACUGCCAGCGGGACAGAGGCAUCCUGCUCAAAGACUGCUUCCCCUCGGACAUCGUAACCCUGUGCUACAGCAUGGGGUCGUGCUGACGUCGGCCAGGGGUGACACCUAGGCUGGGAGGGGCGGCGGGCCACGGCAGCCUGCACCGGUGAAGACAUGAAUCCGGAAGCAAUUUAGCCUUCCUGCUGUGCGAGACUACUGGCAAAAAUCUGCCCUGAACUCCAGUCGACCUCCCCGGCGUCGUGCCGGGAUAGUGCCUCCUGAUUUUGCGCAGAGGCGUGGACUGACCCCAGGCUGCCUGUGCCCUGUAGCCCUGCAGGAGCAGAGGGGGCAGCUAGUGCUUCUUAUCACUGCCCUUCCCCUCGUCACACUGCCCCCUCUUGCCGCGUGGCGGGGGGGCUACUCGUCGGCCUUAUCGGCCCGCUUCUCCGCGCUUUCUCUCUCCGGCUCUGACAGGGCGUGGCCUCUUUGGAAGCCCAUUUGCUGACGCUCUUCUUUCCCUGUGUACUGUUUUUGAUUCAGGAUGUCUCGCACGUUUGCCGUGUGUCAGGGCAGUUUGAGUGAUGGUGGUCUUUAACUCCCAGUGGUGUUUUUUUUAAACCGUAUUUCACGUAUUUGUUUAACUCCCCUUCAAAGCAAAGUUCAAUAAAAGCAACAGUCAAAUAAUGA